AUGGCGCCACUAUAUUCAACUUCGUUAGCGCAAACAGGACUGCCAAACAGGCUUGUCGGCAUUCGGAGUGAAUCAAAUGGGUUUCUAUUCCCGCACACGGACUUGCGGCUGCGGAGUAUUGAGCGACAAGCACAAGCUCCCUUCCAGUGCACACACACGGACCCCAGACAAGGCCAGCCACCGCGAAAGGGCCAGGCAGGAAGAGAGGGAGGGAGGGACAGCCUUUGUGCACUUCUUCGGAGUGACUGGGCAGCGCAAGUCAGCAUUUCGGCAUUCGCUCUCACUCGCUGCUUCUCGUUGCUCUCCGUCGGGGUCCCUUCCUUCCCUCCUUGUUCUCCACAACCAUUCAAGCAGCAUUCGAAACGCGAGGCCAUAUCGUCACUGCAAAUGGGGUUGGUGUCGUUUUCCAAGGUCAUCAUGCCUGCCCUCGCGGGCACCUGUGUUGUGUCCUACGCGUUCUGGGACUUGAGCAGGAAUCGCAAGCUGUUUGGAGGUACGGUGCCGAUCACAGCCCAAAACAGCGAGUGGGAGAAGGAAACAGGGAAGAAGUUGGAUGCAUGGCCACGUGAGGCAGCAGGACCGGUGGUGAUGAACCCAAUCUCAAGGCAGAACUACCACAAGGCUUGAGUGCCUUUCAAUCUGGUGUCAUCUUUUUGUUAUACUUAGGUUGUCAGUCUACUGCACAUCCGCUUGUGACUGGGAGCCUUUUGAAGGUCUCUUUAUGAUUUGAGUUUUAAAUAGUAGCUUUGCUUAAGGGUUGAAUGUAGGUUGUCAAUGUGUUUGGCGCAGUAUCAGAAAUGCCGUCUUAACUCUUUUCAUCUUGUGCAAGUAAUGAGAUUGAAUAUCAGUGGCAGUUGUUGCGGGUAUCUUUGGCUGAAUAUUGAACUGCACUGCAUGCAAGUUAUGGAGCUUGCGAAACUGGCCUUGUCACGUAUUAAACUGGAAUACAAAUCAAUCUUCAGUUAGGACAACGC